GUGAGUGUAAAGCGCUGCGAAAGUGCCAUGUUGGUAAUCAGAGGCUAGUUAACCUGUCGCCUUAGCAGCCAACAAAACAAGAAGGUAUAGAGGCGUUUGAGACUGUCUCCGAGCCGCCGGGUCCCAUCGCUUGUUUUUAUCAAACAUCUUAAAAGGCAGGCCUCCCAAGCAAUGUCGAAGGACCCCCUGGCAGACGCUGGGCUCCACUUCGAUGAGCUCAACAAGCUGCGAGUCCUGGACCCCGAGGUGGGGCAGAAGACCACCGAUCUCAAGGAGGAGUGUAAAGAAUUCGUGGAGAAAAUCAGUCAGUUCCAGAAGAUAGUUGGAGGGCUGAUUGAGCUCGUGGAUGAGCUGGCACAAGAGGCAGAGACUGAGAAGAUGAAGGCGAUUGGCGCGAGGAAUCUGCUGAAAUCUGUGGCCAAACAGAGGGAGGCUCAGCAGCAGCAGCUCCAGGCCCUCAUCGCAGAAAAGAAGAUGCAGCUCGAGAGGUAUCGGAUUGAAUACGAAGCGCUGUCCAAGGUGGAAGCAGAGCAAAAUGAAUUCAUUGACCAGUUCAUCCUGCAGAAAUAAAGAGACGCGCUGAUGGGAUUGUGACAAUAGGAAGCAGUGAAGGGCGGCCCGUUCCAGCUCAGCACAUUCCUUCCAGAGCAGAGCAGCGCAGGGCAGGGCACAGCAAGACCACACAGCCCGUUCUUUAAGAGCUCCAGACUCACAGCCUUGAAACACUAAGGACUGGAUGCAAUGCAAUGGCAUGCAACAGGCCUGUUGAAUUCUCCUUGGAAUUAAAAAAACAAAACACCGCCUCUGCAUUGAAGAGCUUAAACCAGGAUGCAAAAAUAUUUACCUUUUGAAAAAAAAAAAUAUAUAUAUAUAUAUAUAUAUAUAUACUAGUGAGUGAUUCAUAUUAUUUAUACUAUUUAUAUCUCAUGGUACUUCAGUAAAAAGCCAGCUGUAUUAAUAACUUUUUUUUCUUCUUUUUAAAUAUGAAAAUACAUUAAUAAUAGCUGCAUGGUGCGGAACAGUAAUGCCAGCAGUUUCAUAAUCUUGUAUUAAUAUGUGUUGAAGAUGAUGGCUUUUGUUUUGUACCUUUUAAAGCAGUCUGCACAGACAUGUUCUCUGUGUUUGUUAAACAACACUACAUUAAACACAGGGCAAUGUCCACGUCUGCUCAAUCAGACCAACAGUGGGCUUCGAUUCUGUGAAAGAUUUUUCGCUUCUUAGUUUGUUCCAUUGUGCUUAUCUGGAUCCGUCGAUUUUAUGUAAGCUUAUUAAAAAAAGAAAUAUGCACGUUUUUUGUGG